GCGCCUUUCCAGCCGCCCGUGGAGCCGGGAGCUACCCGCCGCCCCUGCUUCUCUUCCGCGGGAUCGGCGGCAGAAGCCCCGCCAGCAAUGUCGGAGCGCGGGACGGGGCAGCAGCCACUGCCCGGGGCGCAUGGUGACAAGAAGGCAAGUGGAGAUUCUUCCAAGCCAGGAGAGAAAAAAGCAGAAGUGACAGAGGAAAAACAGGCAACUGCUAAUGUCAGCCAACCCCCCAAAACACAGACAAGGGGAGCACCUUCUGCUGCUGAGCAGUCUCCCUCUGCAGAUGCAUCAAAACCACAAAUUAUGAAGCCGUCUGAAACCAGGUCAGCACCAACAACCAAAGCAGGAUCUGAAAAAAACACCCAGUCAGCCAAGCCAACAGACUCUCAAAAUAAACAGCUGUCUGAAGAGAAGCAAAAGGAACCCAGUGAAGCAAAAAACCAAACCUCACCUUCUGUGACAACAGCUUCUAAACCAAAUAAUGCAGAAAAAGUAGCUACAACUCAGGCUGACCAGCCUCCACAACCAACCCCCACAGAGGCAGCAAAGGCUAGUAUGGAUGAGUCAGCACUGGACAGCUUAAUAGAUACCCUGGGUGGACCUGAAGAUGUGCCCACUACUCCUGUUUACACUGGUCCAGAAGUUACGGAAGAUGGUAUAUAUUCAAGAUACUUGGAAGAAAUGGGUAAACGGGAGGGUAGUCUCCCUCCAGAGUAUGUUAAAUUGUUGAAGAGCAAAGGCCAAGACGAAGUCCUACCAAAAGCAAAUGAACCAAACGAAAAACCAAUGACAGAUGAUGAGCUUGCUGAGACCCUGUCAUCUGACUUUACCUGUAGUACUGCUUCUGCUCAAGAAAAGAAGACCAGUCUGACAGAGAAACAAAGUAAGGAAGAAGAAAUUGUGCAAGCACAAGCAGCAAGUUCAGUCAAGACCUCAGUUCCUCCUAAGGAGAAGAAAACAAAAUCAAAUGAGGAAAUUAAAGAAGAUGCAGUGGAAGCUCUCCUUGAUACUCUUGGAGGACCUGAACCUGAACCAGAGGAAGAUCCUAUGCCUGUUGUAGAGGCGUCAGAGGCAAAAGCUAAAGAGAAAAAAGAAAACAAGGUUGGAGAACAUGAUGAUACAAUACCUCCAGAAUACAGGUUAACUCCAGAGUUGGAUAAGAAUGGAAAACCAAUAUUACCGAAGCCUGAAGAAAAACCAAAGCCUCUGAGUGAAUCUGAUCUUGUUGAUGAAUUUUCAAAGGACUUUGCCUUCCCUGCACAGCCUGCAGCACAACCCAAACCUUCAAAGCCCAGCAGCAUAUCCAAAAAGCCUUCAGAUUCUGUGUCUGCAAAAACCACUGAGAAUAAAGUAGUCCCUCGUGCCACAGCUUGCACUGUGCAGUCUUCAGCUCCACCAGCCCUGUCUGCAGUUGGUCACGUAGCAGAUGAAGCACUGGAAGCCUUGUCCAGCAACCUGGGAAAGAGGAAGACUGAUCCAGGUGAAAAAAAUCCUGCUAUGGACAAAGUUAAGGAGAAAACCAAAACAGAACAACACAAAAAACUGGGUGAAGAUGAAGAAACAAUUCCUCCAUUAACAGGAGCUAAAGAUAAAGAUGGAAAACAACUCUUACCAAAACCGGAAGAAAAGCCACAGCCUAUGAGUGAAAAUGAUCUUUUAGAGGGUUUGACAGAAGGAUUUUCCUGUUCUCCAUCACCACCUGCACCAUUACCUACGUCAACUGUACAAAAGAAAACCAAGGAGGGUGGGAAGCCCAUGGUUUCCUCGGAUGUUAUCUCUGCUGCUACAGUUUCGGCAGUGCACUCUGCAGCUCCACUGUCUUCUGCCUCAGGAGGAAAAGAGAUGGAUGAAGCCUUAGAUCUCCUGUCUGAUUCCCUGGGACAGAGGGAGCCUGACCCUGAUGAGAACAAACCAGUUGUGGAUAAAGUAAAGGAAAAGGUUAAAUCUGAACGCAGAGAAAAACUUGGAGAAAGAGAUGAUACCAUACCACCUGACUAUCAAAAACUUCUGGAGUCAGGUGAUCAGGGUAAACCAGCAAAGCCAACAGCAAAGGAGGACAUAAACCACAAAGGACAAAAGAAGCCUAGAGAUGACAGUGCAGCUAUUGAUGCCUUAUCGGGUGACUUUGACACUUGUGCAAAUGCUCCUGCUACACCACAGCACUCAAAGUGUAGGACAAAAGCGGAAAGGAAACCACAACGACUAAACCAACCUCAAAGGAUAAAGGAAAACCCAGAGACCCUAAAACGGCAAAGGGACAAUCCUCCAGCAGCAAAUCUGAGAGGCAGAAAACAAGCUAAACAUUAAAACAUUCUUCCCCCCAGGAUCCUGGCACAUCAUGUAAAAUGUCUUCUUUCUGUGGGUGGAUAGUUACUCCUGAAGAACAAAAGCUGAUGCUGAAAUCGCAUGGUUAUUCUGGGUGGUUUUUGUGCAGCGAUACUUGCUGGACUUUUUUUUCAUCUUUUUCCCCAGUAGUAGGCUUGGGUGGUUUGUUUCUUUCCCUUACCCAGUCAGUUCAUUAUAGUCUGACUGUUUUUUAAUUUCCUUUAGUGUUCAGAAGGAAAGAAUGCUUCUAUUUGCAAGAAAUAUAUUCCAUCAAUGAAGAGCAAUGCCAAAAAAAAAAUUUCUGCAGACUUUUGCACAUAACCUCCACAUAGUGCCUGUAACUCUCUGAAGAGUUCGUAUGUGCUAGCAUUUUUAACAUUGUGGUGAAUGCCUUAAGUGUUCUGGAAUAUAGUGAGCUUUAGUUAUCCUCAGCUGGGGCUGUGCAGGCUUUGCUCAGGCCGGAUCCUGGUAGGAAAACCACAGGUCAUCUGUGGGUGGAUAAAGGCUGAGAAACUGGGGAUUAGCUGCUUCUUCCAGCACAUCUGGUAAUAAAGCAGGUAUUUGGGAUGCUGCCUUAACUGUAGUUAAAUACACUAGGACAGAAUUUUUUAUCCCCCCCCCCCCUCCCCGCCAAUUCCCCCAAUUGUAUCUGUACUGUUAUAUCAUAAUUUCAGGAGUCUCCUGGACUGAUCAAAAACAAGUCUUAGUGUAACAGUGACACUGCUACCAUCACAGAAGGGGAAAUUGAGAAGGGGCAAUGAGUCUUGGCCGAAAUCAAAGUUCAGGUCCACAGGCAGACUCUUUUUUUUUUUUUUUUUAAAUCUUGUUUUGCACUGUUUCUAGUCCUUCUGUUCCUCGCACUCCAGCAGGGAAUGCAGAAAUAGGGCCGAAGUUAACGCUGCAGGGAACAGUCCCAUUUUCCUGCCCUGCGAGAGAACAGGCACAGGCAGGCGCGUCUCACGGGUCUGCUGCAGCCAGGGCUGUCAUGACAAGUGUCUCCGUGGCUUUCCCUCUGCCUUCUUCCUCUGCAGAAUAUCCUUUUGCACAUCCUUACACGUGUUACAGCUCCUCCCAUCGGCUGCCAGAGGAAGGUCUCCUACCAACACCAAAACCCGGCUCUGGGGUGUGGCCCUGGAGGCAGAGACAGCCCGGAGACUGAAGUUGGGGAUAUUUAAGACUCGUGACUCUGCUUCCGGUCUGCACUGUGCCACACUAAUAAAAGUUCUUAAGGAUGC